GGCGCGCGCGGCCCAGCCCGAGCGGCCGGCGGCGGCCGCCCGCCAGCGCUGCGCAGUAGCCGCCGAGCGCAGCCCGCCCCGCCCGGCGCGCCGCCGAGCCGCGGACGGACGUCGGUGGAUGAAACUAUUCGAUGUUUACUCGUUAGAUGUUACGGUAGUCCACGAUCGCGCGGCCGGCCGCGGUCCGUGGCCGCCGGCUCCGGUCGCGAUCGCACUUAAGGGGUAAAGUUUGUGGCCGUCGAUGUUGUUAGUGUUUAUCCGUUGUACAUAUGGAGUCGGGCGCCCGCGCGGCGGUGCCGGUUCGGUCCCCGACCGGUGACGCACCGUUACCUGGACUCGUUUCUUUGUUUUACGCUAACACUUAUUAGUGGACGCUUUUGUUUGUUUUGUUGGCUUUCGAAAUAUCCGUGUGAGAUUUCCUUUAUAGUAGAAAAUAAAUAUAGAUGGAAUGUUUUAAUCGAUUUAACUACGAUUAAAUUAAAAAGGAUAAUGAUAAUGCAUAGGGCGUCGUUAUUUAAAUUAUUAUUGUAUGAGAGGGGUCUUAACGAAUUGCAUUCGCAUUAAGGUUAGGUAAAAUAAAAUAAUUCGCAUAUUUCUCUAAAUUUGUAAAAAGGAUGUGGCAAUCGUAAUUCCCAGUAUAAAACUGCUUUUUUUUAAAUCGUUGUUAAAAUAAUAUUAUGUUUAUCUUAUAUAAAGUAUAGAUAUUUAUUUAAUUUCUUAGACAACGUAACAUAUCUCGCGGUAAACACUGACUCCUCUCUAAACUUAUUUUUAUAAAACAGUUGAGACAUACUUACCCACAAAUUUUCACUAGCUACUCAAACGAAGUGCUUAUUAGUUUAUUAUACUCCAACAUUACAAAAUGUUUGUAUGUACCCUAAUUAAAUUCUAUAAUAUUACAAAUGUAUUUCAUUUUCUAAAUUAGUAGCAACCAUGUUCACACUGUUUGUUUAUAACUUGACACAAAAUUUAUAAAUAUUUAUUAUAAUGCUCUUAACUGAAUAAAAUUUAAACAAAAUGGAAAAUAUUUAGAAAAUCCUUGUGUUGGGUAUUCUAAAAUGUUAACCAACUGCAACAUCGUGUACUAACGUACUAGUCGCGCCGUGCCAGAUAACUUUAUCACGCUCCACUUAUACUAACUACUUUUAAAAUCAGAAUCUCUAAUUCUGUUGAACCACGCCUCACCGUAGUUCGCUAUAUGUAAGUUCGCGCUUCGAAUACUUUAGUACAUGGUGUUGUCAACCAAAAAUUUAAGCUUUCCCAAAUACAAUAAGGUACUUGUAAAUUUUUUAAAUCAUAUUUAUAACAAAACAUUAUAAGUACUUGAAAAUAUACUUUAAACAUGUUUUUUUAUUUGUGUUAGUUAUAUUUUACUUGUAAAAAAUAUUUAUUAAGCGAUAAUAAUGAAGGUCCUAUAUUGAGGUGAAAUGUAUGGUUUUUUUUGGCAUCCUCUAAAAUUGAUUGAAAGUACGAGGGUUGUAUGCAAUGGCACCUUAAAUAAACUGAUGAAAUCAUGUCGUGCUUCUAAGUUAUCACUGGAUCCUAAAAACCUUUCUAAAUGUAAUUUUUGUCAAAACAAGUUUAAAUUGAGAUUUGUUCUGUCUUUUUUUAACUUAAUCUUACUUUACGUUACAGUUUAUUCUACAGAAAAAAAGCACUCCAGGUUUUCAUAACAUGCUAUAUUACCAAAACAUGAAUCAGUGUUUGAGAUAUCUGUAACCCUUAUAACCGUAUACCAGUAAACCCAAUUCAAUUCGUUUUAAUCCAAUAGUUAACUAAGUUAACUUUGCUACCUUACAAACCAUCUUUAAGGUGUAAAGUGGUGAAAGAUUAGUUAUAGUUACAAAACAUUCGGUAUCAAAACAGUAGAUGUUAGUACAGUUAGAUGUUCGAUCAUAUUUUUUCAACAAAUCCCACUAUAAUUUCUGUAGGAGCUGCUGUAAUCUGUAUCUAGCUGUAAAAAUUAAAUACACAACUGCAAAAUGAGAAUGUUUUCAGGGUUUGGUUGUUUGUUCUUUAAAUUCUGAUGUGAUAUCUGAAUUAAAACAUUCACACUGAUUGUGAUGUAGGGAGAGUGGUUAGCAUUCUUCCUUCUCUAGUGAAAUUCAAUCAAUCAAUACAGCACAUCGAGGUCCGUUGCUGGAUGUAAGCCUGCCUCUCGUUGCGCCACAACAUUAGUUCCCUCGCCUUCCGAAUCGAGUCCGAGCCCCCAUUGCUGGGCUCGGGCCUUUUCCCAUAUAUGAAAAGUUUAAACAUUGAUAGCCAAGCUAACGAAUACGGCUAGACAUUUUAAGAUUCCAAUAUUUUGAAUUCAGAUUUUCUUAAUAUGUUUUACCUCAACGUCUGCGCAACUGGUGACAUCACUAUGUUUUAGAAUAAAAGAAAGUAUAUAGUUGAUACGUAUAAAUUUAUAUUGGUAUUACCCUAAGUUGAUAUCGAACCUGCAUCUCGUGCCUACAAAUCUAUUGAAUCGGAAGGUCGCCACAAUAAUUGCCUAUUUAUUCAAUGGCUCCUAUUUGAUGCUAUCUUCCGGCGCUUGGUACCAGUAUAGUAGUGUCCUGAUCUCUCUGUAAUUUUUUUGUUCAGCAAAAAACAAUGAAUUGAAUGGUUCACAAGUCGCUAUAAAAAGAAUAAUAAUCACUACUAUUAACUUAACAAAUUGAUUGGACAAAAUAUUAUAAGAAGGGAUGACACAUUCGAGGCGUUAUGGUAGUCCGUAUACAAGACAUCAAACGGUUUCUGCCGAUCCCCUGACAUUUUUUAGAUCUCGGUAGAUUUUGGUUUAGUGUCGGAGACUAGCAUCGCCUCAUGCGCGAGCGAGUUUAGUGUCCAACGAUGCAUGCCUAUUACAAAAGUAGAAAUGCCUUUGCGGUAGUGUGCCGCUGCUAGUCAGGAUUUGAACCUAAAACCUUUUUCUUAGUAUCUAGUUCAACGUUCUAUCACUGUAAUCAUAUCUGGUAGUCGUAACGAAAAUGAACCUUAACACUUCGGGAUUAGACCCUUAUUCUUUUAGGUGGAUUACUAUACCAUCUGUCCAGUGCCAUAUAAGACCAAUAGCUUAAAUGACCAUUGAAAUGUUACGAUUUAUCUUAAAUUGGUACGGACCAGGAUGCAAGUUCGCUUUAUAUAAUCUGUGCUUAUUUUCACAUUGCUAUCCGCCGAAAUCCUUACAAAUCUGUCACUGUCAGUAGCAGAACGUAAACAUUGCACGAGCUAACAAGUUUACUUUAAUAAGUAAACUAAAGUUAAUACCUUGCGAAAGGCAUUUAUUAUUAAAUAAAAAAUAAUGAACAUCAACCAUGGCGAGUGAGGAACAUAAAUUACUUUCCCAAUACAUUAAAGACGUACACUCACUUUUAAGAAAAUCAACUACAAAAUUAGGAGCUGCUGCUGCUUGGCAAGAGCAUUGCGCCAAUGAAGAUAAAUUAUCUAAAUAUGCACAAUGCAUGCAGAAACUAGCUACAACUCAUUGGGAAACAAAUUGCAACAGUGAAUCAAGUGAAGCAAAGUCACGAAUUGAAUGGGCUGUUGAAUAUUGCAAUUAUUAUUUUGUGCAACAAGGUUUCUUGAAAUACAGAGAAAAAGAGUUACUGAUUGCUCAAAAAAUUGAUUUGGACAUAGAUGUGGAAGAAGUAUGUGGCAUACCAAUUAAACUGAUUGAUGUGGGUAGUUGCUACAACCCUUUCAAAACAUGUGAUUUAUUUGAUGUUUUUGCUAUUGACUUAUGUCCUGCUAAUGCUUCUGUUUUACAAUGUGACUUUCUAAAAGUAAAUAUUGGUUCCCACAUAGUAGCUGAUAACUCAAUAGUAACAGAAUUACAAGAAAACUCCUUUGAUGUUGUAACUUUUUGUUUUCUUCUUGAAUAUAUACCUACUUCUGAACUAAGAAUUGUUGCUUGUGAGAAAGCUUACAAGAUUUUAAAACCAGGGGGGCUUCUUAUAAUAAACACACCUGAUUCAAAACAUGUUGGAGCAAAUAGUAAAAUUAUCAAAUGCUGGAGAUAUACCUUAUCAUUAAUGGGAUUUAAUAGAAUUAAGUAUGAAAAAUCAAGAUUUAUGCACUGUAUGGCUUUUAGGAAAUCAUUAGACAAAAAAAUAGCAACAAGAUGGGCAGACAUGUAUAAAGAACCAUACAUGAAGUAUGCUAUUCACAUACCUCAGGACUUUAACAGUUCAGAUGAAACAGUGUCAGAGACCGUUCAAGUAACCUAUACCUCUGAUGGCUUGCAAGAGUUACCCUUCAGCUGUCCAGAUGAGAUAGCUAACUGAUAUCACCUAUAACAUAAAAUAUAUGCUUUGCAGAAAUUAAUCCUUGUGUUGCAGGAGUUAACACAAUAUUCAAGUUAAAUAGCAGAAGUGUCCUAAUUCUGGCCUUGAUAUGAGAUGGCUGUAAGAAAAUACAGGCUAAGCUUACAGCAGUUGUUAAGAAAGUAAAAACAUUGUUCUUUUGAACUACCAAUCUACUUUUGUAUUUUUUUAUUAUAGACAUAAUAUAUAAAUAAAUUAUGAAACCAAUUAUUGUCACAUCAAUUCUAACUGGUUGUAAUAAAGAAAAGUAUAAUAGUA